GAGAUUCUCAUUCCUGUACACUUUUACAAUACGAAAGAAAACUAACCAUGACGAUCGCCAAGUCCCUCGAACCCUAUGUUUGUGGUGGAACCGCCGCCACUUUCGGAUCAUGCUGCAUCCAUCCCAUCGAUCUUGCCAAGGUAGGUCUGAUUUUUCAAAAAAUGACCUUUUGUGUCCUCUUUCAGCCGACGACCGGUCUGCUAGACCCAUUGCAGUUUUCCUUGCGAUCAUGCAGCUCACGACAGAUAUUAUACCACGCGUUGAUAAAUCGGCUUCUUUCUCUUUGUUUGGGGUGAAUUUUUGGAAACAAAUUCAAAUAUUUUUUACCGUCGACGGGAUUUUUCGCUCAUCCAUGAAUGCCCUCGAAUCUUAUAUUUCGGAACCCUGGAAUUGCUAAUUUUCAUCGUGUUCCGCGGAUCGAAUUCCUGAAAAUCUUCGCUUUUCCAAUGAUUAAAAAUUGAAUCCUUAGGUCCGAAUGCAAAUUUUUGGCCAGAUUAACCCUGGAAAGCCAGUCCCGGGCUUUCCAACCAUUAUCAAGAAUAUGAUCGCUUCUGAUGGUGUGACAAGUUUGUACCGUGGUCUCGACGCCGCCGUCGGCCGUCAAAUGGUCUACGGAACGGCCCGUAUUGGUCUGCACACAAAGUUUUCUGGCAUGCUCGUGGAGCAGAACAACGGACAACCCAUCAGCUUCGUCCAAAAGGCGGCCUCUGGAAUGGCCAGUGGUGCGAUUGCUGUUAGCAUCGGAAGUCCCUUUGAUAUUGCCCUGGUGCGAUUACAAGCAGACGGUAUGGCCAAGCCAGAAGACCGAAGAAACUACAAGAAUGUAUUUGAUGCCUUGAUCAGAACAGCGAAGGAAGAGGGAUUUGGGGCCCUAUACAAAGGUGUCUUGCCCAAUAUCUUGCGAGGAAUGUCCAUGAAUGUUGGUAAGUAGUGGCUGCGAUACUUUUUUCAGAAAAUCCCUUGUAAUCCGUUCGUUGCGGCACAGACGCUGAUUCCAAAACUGCUUUUUAACAUUUGUCAUUUUUUAUUAAAUUCAAUUCAACGAAUUCCGACUGAAAACCAUUUCGACGACGACAAAAUUGUGGACGAAAAACGACAACAUUGAACUGCAUUGAAUUGUCCAGGUAUGAUGUCCUGUAACGAUCAAUUCCAGGAGAUGUACGCUGGUCUUCUCGGAGAUCCCAUGGUGGGCGGACCACAAAUGCCGACACGAAUUUUGGCUUCCCUAAGUGCCGGUUUCACUGCUGCUCUCUUUUCCAUGCCCUUCGAUUUGAUCAAGAGCCGGCUCAUGGCCCAACGGCCCGAUCCUAUCACCGGGGAAAUGCCMUACAAGGGAGUUGCAGACUGCGUUAUGAAAAUMAUCCGAACGGAGGGUCCACUGGGAUUAUAUAACGGAUUUUCGGCAUACUACGGAAGAUGUGCGCCGCAUGCCAUGAUUGUUCUUUUGUCGAAGGAUUCUAUCACGAAGGCCUACCGAAAUGCCUUUGACUAAGCAGGUUGCAAGAGGAAGCGAGAAAUAUUUCCAGAGCAACGAAAUAUGCCGGAGUGUAUGGACUAUACCGUGCACACCGCGAUUAGAUGGUUAUAUUGAAUAUUUUGAAUAAUUAUAGAUGUAAAAC